AUGGCCGGCUCCGAUCUCUUCAAGCGUGUAGCUAUUCCACUUGAUGAUCCAUUCGGCAAGUGUUCCGAGUCCCAGGCUCUCGUCUCGGAGCCGAGACCUGCUCCACAGGAGAAAAGCAAUGAGUCCAAGGCUUCGCAGCCGGAGGGCGCGCAAGCUUCCAAGCUGCUGGGGAGUGAGCGGAGGGUCUCCAUCGUGUCCAUCAACGUGUCGGGUGGACGAGAGGUCUGCAACGGAGCCUACAAGUUCGAUGGUCUCCACCAGGGCAAGCCGCUCUUUAAGUCCGACAAAGGUGCCAUCAUCUACUUCCAGCGGUUCUGGAAGAUCAAUGCGGCCUACAAGACCAGCUCCUGGAUGUACAGCCUUCCUGACAGCCGCGCGGCCCUGCCACCGGAAGGCGAGUGGACGCGAGAAGGGUCCUGCGACAUGACUUCGGGUUCCGCGCCCACAGUGACCCUGCUGGACGAGCCCUUCAAAAGCCUUGGGGAGCAAGGCAACUCUUUGCGACUGGAAGGAGGUCGCUCAGUUCUGAAGCGCGAGGAGAACAAGAGCUGGCGCUGGAUCGAGCUGCCAGUCUACGAGGGCGCUCCGAAGCCUGCGGCGAAGCCUCCGGCGAAAGACGCCGAUUCCAGCGCCGAGGCUCGUGUUUCAGCAGAGGCCGUUCCCUCUUUGGAGGACCUCUGUGCCCAGCUGGAUGCCGAAGAGACAGCAGACAGGCUGAACUUCGGCAUGUUCGGGAACGUGGAGGAGUCUGGUGAGGAGUCUUCUUCUCUGCCUGCAAGCGGCUACUUCAGCUCGGACAUGAUCCGGCAGAUGGGCCAAGGCCUGCUGGUACAGCUCUCACAGGGUCAGAGGGAAGGUCAGCCAGCUGCUAGCACCAGUCCGGGAGCAGACGAGCCGCCCUGGCCGCUCGAGCAGCCCCGAGUCGGCAUGGCCGCACGGUUGACGCGGUCCGACGCCUCUGCCUCAGCUUCUUUUCAGGCCGCCAAAAAGAUGGGGAAAAAAAGGGGCUGGUUGCGGCGGGGCAAUGAAGCAAAGUCGGUGGAGAAUCGCUACUCUCAUGUUGGGGCCUCUUCGUCUUGCUGGAGCCUCGCCUUCUCAAGGCAAAUUCGAGUUCGCAAGCACUCGAUGGCAUUUGCGCCAUCUGCGACGUCCCUGGCGCGCCGCGCUUUGGCGCGGCAUGAGGGUGCCCUCAACCGUCGUGGCUUCGCGGUCCUGUCCCACUCAUGGACAGGUGGCCAGCGUCCCAGCGGGGCGCCAAAGGUUUGUGUCAUGAUGCAUGGGAUAUUGGGGUCAAAGUCGAACUGGAACACACCCGCUCGGCGCCUUCUGCAGCAGAUCGGUGAGCAGGGGUGGCGGAUCCUGCAACUGGACCACCGCGGCCACGGACGAUCCCCCGCAGGAUCUGCACCCCACAAUCUGGAGGCUUGCAAGGACGAUGUCCUUGAGACGCUGGAGGCUGCUGGUGUCUCGCAAGCUGAGCUGGUGCUGUGCGGCCACUCGUUUGGUGGGAAGGUGGCGCUGGCUCUGCUCCGUGCCCUAUCAGCCGAAGGCAGACCCCCGAAACGCACUUGGAUCUUCGAUUCGGUGCCAGGACGGCCCGCAGAAUCUUCUGAAGAAGAGGAGCGUCGGCUGCAAAGUGUGAACUUCGUUCUUGGUGCUGUUGCAUCAGCAGCGGCAAGGCGUUUCGACAGCCGUGGCGAUCUCGUUGCAGUACUGCAAGCCGAGUAUGGCCUCACGCAACCUGUGGCAGAGUGGAUAGCUCAAUCUGUUCGCCAGGUUCCGGAUGGAGUGGCGCUGAGCUACGACAUGCAGGCAGUGCGCGAGCUGUAUGAAGCUUACCGUAGCACUGACAUGUGGGACUUGCUCCAGAAGGGCAAUGCCGAAAUCGGUGUCGUGGUGGCAGGGCGCAACAGGCAGAGCUGGGGCCCUGAAAAUCUGGAGCGACUAAAGCAAUGCCACGAGGGAGUGCAGGUGGUGACGCUUGAGAACGCUGGCCACAACGUACAUGUGGAUGAUUUACCCGGCCUGCUGAGCGCCAUCACUCCAAGCUUUGCAUAG